AACAAAAACGGUGAGCGUGGUCGCGUUGAGUCAUUGGUCUUGCGAGUUACACCAACACUGCAGUUAACGGAGCUGCGGCACUGAGCGGUGCGUGGGGGUUCAGCUCAAGAUAUUUCAAUUCUGCGUUUGGGAUUCACAUUUCAAUCUCAAUUUGAAUUCAGAUCCGAAAUCCAGAAACAAGAAGAAGACGACAACGAGAAACAAUGGAGGUGGAGCUGAAACAGUUGAUGGCCGAUCUUCAAUCUCUCAACCAAUCCCUUCCAGAUCCAUCUCUCCAUGCUUCCCUCCUUAAAAUUCAAUCGCGUGUUGAGCAUCUUGCAACCCUUGCCAAGUCUGAACCUGUUCGGCGCUCCAAAGUUAAGGAUAUGAGUGCUGAGGUUGUAGACAGCAAUCCGUACAGUAGGCUUAUGGCACUUCAGAGAAUGGGUAUUGUGGAGAACUAUGAGAGGAUACGGGAAUUCUCCGUUGCCAUUGUUGGAAUAGGUGGGGUAGGAAGUGUUGCUGCUGAGAUGCUAACUAGAUGCGGUAUAGGUCGACUAUUGCUGUAUGAUUAUGACAAAGUAGAGCUUGCAAACAUGAAUAGGCUAUUCUUUCGUCCAGAUCAGGUUGGUAUGACAAAGACAGAUGCAGCCGUACAAACUCUUUCAGAUAUUAACCCUGAUGUUCUGCUUGAGAGCUAUACAUUGAAUAUCACAACAGUGGAGGGCUUUGAAACCUUCAUGUCAUCUUUGAAAAAUAAGUCAUUCUGCGCUUCCAAACAAGACAGUGGUGUGGAUCUUGUGUUAAGUUGUGUAGAUAAUUAUGAAGCAAGAAUGGCUGUAAACCAGGCUUGUAAUGAAUUGAGCCAGACCUGGUUGGAGUCAGGUGUUUCUGAGGAUGCUGUCUCUGGUCAUAUUCAGCUACUUAUUCCUGGUGAAACUGCAUGUUUUGCAUGUGCACCUCCUUUGGUUGUUGCAUCUGGAGUAGAUGAACGUACACUCAAGCGUGAAGGGGUUUGUGCUGCAUCUUUACCAACAACUAUGGGGGUUGUUGCCGGGCUUCUAGUGCAAAACACACUCAAAUUCUUGUUAGGUUUUGGUCAAGUCUCUCCAUAUUUGGGAUAUAAUUCUCUUAAGGACUUUUUCCCUACCAUGCAAAUGAAGCCGAAUCCUCAAUGUUCAAAUUUUGCAUGCUUAGAAAGACAGAAAGAGUACAUUCUUGCAAAGCCCGCAAGAGAUGCUGCAGCAAAAGCAAAGCUAGAAGCUGAAGCACCGUUCACCGAGGAGGGUCCGCUUCACAUUGACAAUGAAUGGAAUAUAAGUGUUGUUGAUGAUUGUGAACCAGAUGUUUCUAGUGCCAAAAAUUCAGAUAUAUUGCCUGAAGGUCUCACUCAUGAACUUCCUGUCGCGGAUGAUUUUCGGAACAUAGUGACUUCUGAAGCUCCAACCACUGACAACGAGGACCUUGAGGAACUCCGAAGGCAGCUUGAAGCUAUUAAUUCUAAGUAGUCAGUGUUUUCAUAGGGACUUAUUUUAAAGAAGGAAAAGAUUUUGUUUAUUUUUUCCUUACAGAAACAGAAAGCAGAAACCCCUUUGAGGGGGUAUAAUUGUUCAGGCAAGCAGUUUCAAGAUAAAAUUUGGUGUUCAUCCUUUUUGUUCUUUGAAAUUUAUAUGUUGGUAUCAUGUGGGAA